AUGACGAGAGGAGAAUGGGCUUUUCUUGACGUUGAGAUAUUUCAGGGUGGAUAUUGGGGUGAAACGGGAUGGGCUGCCGGCGAUGAACGCGAUGCAGCAGCCCGCGCGGCCUAUGAAGCCUUACUUCGCGUUUCACUCAAGUUGCCGACGGGUGACAGAUUUGAUGAAUUUGCGGAUACAGUACGCAAUAGAGCAAAACUGCACUAUAACUACACUUUCUCGGACGGUGAAGAGGUAAAUUUCUUCAUUGGGGCUUUUUAUGAUGGUGUAUAUUUGCUUGGUAUGGCUCUGAAUGAGACUCUGACUGAGGGGGGAGACAUUCGCGACGGAAGAAAUAUUACUCGUCGUAUGUGGGGUCGGGAUUUUCAUGGUAUAACUGGACACGUGCGAAUCGACGCUGUGGGGGACCGAGAUGCUGACUACGCCAUUCUUGACUUAGAUCCGGUCACCGGAAAAUUUGAGGUUGUGGCAUUCUACCACGGUCUCAAUAUGAGCUAUAAGCCAGUAGCUGGCAAAGCAAUUCAUUGGCCUGGGGGUCGUCGAAGUCCACCUCCAGAUAAACCACGCUGUGGCUUCCUUGGAAACGAUCCUUUGUGUCAAGGAGGUAAAGAACUUAUUAAUAUGUGCAAGAAGUUUUACCAAUUAUUUAUAAUCCAUAUUGGACUGUUCUUUCUUAUAACUAAACAGUACUACAUGCAGAUGAAAAUCGAUGCGGAAUUGAACAACACAGCAUGGCGUGUGAGGCCUGAAGAGGUUCUUGUUGAAGUGGCCACUGGCAUUGGAACUACUCCCGUUCUUCACAGCAUUAAUGAGGUGUUAAAGCUAUCUCUAGGUUGGAACAUACGCAACACAAAUUCAGUCGGCACUCAGUCGAUAACAUUGUCAUCAUUUACCGUUGGUCUAUAUAAGGGAAACAGAGUCGCUGUGAAGAAGAUACAUAGAAAGAAAUUGGAUUUAAAUAAAAAACUUUUGUGGGAGAUAAAACAGGCACGCAAUGUGUCUCAUGAAAACACAGCGCGCUUUAUCGGUGCAUGUGUGGACUGCCCCUUGGUGUUUAUUCUCACUGAGUACUGUCCUAAGGGCUCCUUGAAGGAUGUUCUUGCGAAUGAGGAGUUACAACUCGAUUGGAACUUUAGGACAUCGCUCGUACAUGAUAUUGUUCAGGGUAUGUGCUACCUGCACAGUGGACUAGGAGCACACGGCAAACUCCGUUCGUCGAAUUGUUUGAUUGACGGACGCUUCGUGCUCAAAAUAUCCGACUACGGACUUAACACACUAUGCACGCCCACUGACUUGAUAAAGGAUGACUCUUAUUACUACAAAUUAUUAUGGACAGCGCCGGAACUUGUGGCAGGAAGUGUGUAUCCCGGCAUAGUAGCCUCGCUGAAAGGGGACGUAUACAGUUUCGGAAUAAUAUUAGAAGAGAUUGUGCUGAGAGCAGGCCCAUUUCACCAUUACACUUCUAGUAUGUCGAAUAAAGAAAUAGUGUCUCGUGUGUGUGCCCACGAGUGCCCCCCUUUUCGACCCGUAGUGGGGGUAACUGAACCAGCGGCUAAUGGAGGAGGGGGUGCGGCCACUGAGCUACUGGAACUGGCCGCCCGAUGCUGGGUAGAGUCGCCCGAUGAAAGACCGACAUUUGAUGUCAUUAAUACUAAUUAUAUUAAAGGCUACUGCGAUAAUCUCAUGGAUGAUCUUUUGAGCCGAAUGGAGCAGUAUGCUAAUAACUUGGAGUCACUUGUUGAAGAAAAAACUGAACAGUUAUCGUUAGAGAAGAAACGAUCAGAGGAGUUAUUAUACCAGGUUUUGCCAAGGCCAGUCGCUCAGCAGCUUAUGGCAGGCGAAGUGGUCCAACCAGAGAGCUUCGAAUGUGUGACAGUAUACUUCAGUGACAUUGUAGGCUUUACCGAACUCUGCGCGGCCUCCACACCUAUUCAAGUUGUGGAUCUGCUUAACGAUCUGUAUAGCACCUUUGACCGGAUCAUCGGGUUUUAUGACGUUUAUAAAGUAGAAACUAUUGGUGAUGCGUAUAUGGUGGUAUCUGGUCUACCAGAACGCAACGGAGAUCAGCAUGCAAGAGAAAUAUGUCUCAUGGCACUCGCUAUAGUAGAGGCUGUCAGAACUUUUGUCGUCCGCCAUCGUCCCACACAUAGGCUUGAGGUGAGGAUAGGUAUUCAUUCUGGGCCAGUGUGUGCAGGUGUGGUGGGUGUGAAGAUGCCACACUACUGUCUCUUUGGAGACACUGUUAAUACUGCUAGUCGUAUGGAGUCUACUGGACAACCACUCCGCAUACAUCUAAGCGAAAGUACGCGGUCACUUCUGGAUCAAUGGGGCACAUUUGUGGUCGAGCGUCGUGGCGAUGUCGAACUAAAGGGACGCGGUAGAAUGCUAACACAUUGGCUGGUCCACUGCUCGGAGCCAGAAGCCCGUCUGGUUCAUGAACCACAGCCACCGCCCCAGUACCCCAUUUUGUUCCCCGCUAUACAACCCCCAAUCAUACACACGCCUUAUUUAGUAGUUGAGCCGCCUACAAUUGCAGCUUAAACGAUGCUACUGACUUUAUUGUUAUACUUUCUUAUUUUUGUUAAUAAUUUCUAAUUUAUUUAUAUUCUCGGAAUAAAGAAUUUAUUUAGAUUAUUAUGUGUUGUUUAAGAAAAUAACUAAAAGGUUAGUUGACAUUACAGAAGGUCAAAGACCUGGCAGCUACCACAGACAAAGAAUUAGUCUAGCUAUUUAAAAA